AUGACCAUACCAUUCGUUAGUAUCAUCAGGUCCGGAUCAUAUAUCUACCCCUUCCAAGUAUGUUUCAAAAAAAAAACAACACCAACCAAACCACACAGACUACUACCACUACUACACCGCCAUCAUAAAUUUAUAUACUAAUCGCAACAGCUUUAUAGGGGUUUUUAUAUUUUUGGAAACACCCCAAGAUAUGGCCGCUCUACCUCACCGUUUUGAUUCCACAAUUGAUGAUCACCAUGACGAUAUAUCUGCUCAUGUUCAUUUUUAUUUACCCUGCUCAGCUCGUGGUGUACAUGCUACUAACGGGGCCCUUGGGGAUGGUGUUUGCCUGGUACUCCAUCUACUGGACCUCGAGCACCAUUGCUUGCUUCUUGGUCACCGUCACCUUGCUUCCGUACAUCCAAAAAGUCGCCUACGACGCCGUGUUGAGUAGGGAGCGUUAUGACAUCUAUGUGAGAAUUUCCAAGGCCAGAAGGAUAGAAAACCGCCAGUUGCCCAUCGUUCGAAGAAUGACAAAGUAUUUGGGGCGAUUGCCCGGUUUGUCGAUAUUCCCCUUCACGGUGCCAAAAUUGCUAGUGCUAUUUUUCGUGGGCAUGAUCCCCGUUAUCGGUCCCUUCGUUGUGAUCUUUUUCAGAGCCAGUUCCAAGGGGUUGCGGGCCCACGACCGGUACUACAAAAUGCGAGGACUCUCGACGCAGGAGAUCAAUGCUAGCUAUAAACAAAACAAACCGGUCUAUAUGGCCUUUGGACUAGCGGCAUUGCUACUAGAAAUGAUUCCAGUCUUCAACAUCUUCUUUAUGUUUACAAACAACAUCGGUGCCGCGUUAUGGGCCGUCGAUUUGGAUAAGAACGAAGAAGAAUAUGCAGAGAGGAACUACUUGGUCCCGCAGCAGAAGAAACAAGCAACAAAGCUUGCCCAGUUGGUUCCAAACGAGCCCAAUACCGUGGUGAGUACAGGUAAUAGCUCAAUGCACACGGGAACUCGCCUUCGUGAGCCAGAAGCCUCGGUAGUCAAUACCCAUCGAUUGGACGCAGGGUUAGAAGUCCACGGCGGACAAGAUGACGAAUCCGAUUUCUAA